AUGGCCGCCCACGGCGAGGUCGAACAGCGGUGGCCCGACCUCCCCGGCGACCUCCUCUCGGUUAUCUACCGCAGAUCGGCCUCCGCGUACGACCGCGCGCGCUUUGCAGCCGUCUGCUCGUCAUGGCGCGCCGCCGCGGCGUGGCAGCCACGGCUGCCGGCUCUGCCGCUGCUGCUUCCGUCCACCGGCGACGGCAAGCGCGACAGAGAGGCGCGUGCCUACAGCCCCGAGGACGGCAGGGUCCUGCGGGUCCCACUCCCGUGGUUCCCGUGGGGCAACCGGCUGGUCGGAUCCUACGAGGGCGGCUGGAUCGCCACCGUGUCCAGCUCCGACGAGCUGCUCGUCGUGAACCUUUUCUCCGGCGCCCGGGCGGCGCUCCCCAGCGGCCGGCGCUGCAUCCGCAAGAUCGUGUUCUCCAAGGACCCUUCAGCGAGCGACUGCAUUAUGGCUGCGAUGACUUCACAGAGCCUUGUUGCACUCGGUAGGGUUAGCUACCCGGAGAGCGGGUGGACGACGACGUGGUGUGGGAGUCUAGUAGACAUUGUCUUCUUUAACGGCGAGCUUUAUGGAUUUACUUCCCGUGAUCUGAUCUUAUUCGAUGUCGACGUGGACAAAGGAGGCGCUCUGGGGGCCAUUCAGCUCUUCAGCAUUGACAUUGCGAUGAGCACCUUGCACACAGCGGAGGUUUCAUCAUCUGCUAAAUACAUCUUUGAACUGCACCGUAAGCUAGAAAUUGUGGUGGAGGUUGGGCCAAUUCAAUUCAACGGCAAUAAAGGUUGUUUUUUCAGGGUGUUUGAGCUCGCCAAGAACAACGACACAGCGACAUCACACAAAUAUGCAUGGAUGGAGGUGAUGAGCUUAGGAGAACAUGCCUUGUUCCUAGGACCUACAGGGUGCUCCAGGGCUGUGCACGUUCCAACAGGGUGCCGGCGCGGCAAGGUGGAGGGGAACCGCAUCUACUACCCCGACCAACACACCUCUCUCCACAACAACAUGAAGUGCUUAGAGAAGUUGAACAUCGGUAGUUGCACCGUGCAUUGCUUGGAAAACGAAGGCAAACAUCACUUAGAAAGGAUCGUGUCACGAGGAUAUUAUUACCGCAAGGAUCAGGAUGGCGCUAGUGGUUGUAAUGGUUGUGUGUGGCUGUGGCCUCCUGAUUUCUAG